GGAAGCAGACGAAGACGUCCCCUUCCGGUCAGGCACACAAGGUCGUCACAGCAGCAACAGCUACACGCUAAAAUGAUGUCCCUAGCUGCCCGGUCAGGGCCCUUUUCUCCUUAUAUGCAGGCCACUGCUUUUGCUGUCGCUGGUCCCUUAAAAGCCCUGGUCCCUGGGAUUGUUUUGAAGCGAGAGAAAAUCUUGUUGAACCCGAAGGAAAAACUCCUCUGCCGCGAGACGCUGAACGGUCAAAGCCCAAAGACUGGCCCUGCGGUGAUGGUUAGCAUCAACGGCUGUGCAGGAGUCAGGUUUGCCCACACAGACGUAAGGAUACCUGAUUUCUCAGACUACAGGCGUGCAGAGGUGACCGACCCCAACAGGUCAUCCCAGGAGAGUGGUGAAUCUAGAAGAGUAUUCUCGUACUUGGUUACUGGGGCCUCAACAGUGGUGGGUGUCUAUGCCGCCAAGACGGUGGUGACUCAGUUUGUUUCUUCAAUGAGUGCUUCAGCUGAUGUCCUGGCCCUAUCCAAGAUCGAAAUCAAGUUGAGCGACAUCCCGGAAGGCAAAAACAUGACCUUCAAGUGGAGAGGCAAGCCGCUUUUUGUCCGUCACCGCACUGAGAAGGAGGUCGCCACAGAAGCUGCUGUGAACAUUUCAGAGCUCCGAGACCCUCAGUACGACAAGGACCGGGUCAUCAACCCCAGCUGGGUUAUCGUCCUCGGGGUGUGCACACAUUUGGGCUGCGUGCCAAUUGCCAAUGCCGGAGACUACGGAGGUUACUACUGCCCCUGUCACGGCUCGCACUACGAUGCUUCAGGCCGAAUCAGAAAGGGUCCUGCACCCCUCAACCUAGAAGUCCCCUACUAUGAGUUCCCAGAUGACGACACGGUGGUGGUGGGAUAGACGACUGCAUCAGACUGAAAUCACAUAGUACAACAGUUUUUGCUCUGGCUGUAACACAGCUUAUAUUAAUCUGAUAAAGGAAAUGUUGAGGGGUAUUUGUACUCUGUUUGUCUUACUGACUACAUGCGUGUUAUGAAAAACUUCCCCCGAGCCAAGCAUUUGGGAUCAGGAGCACUCCACCUGUCUCAUUGCAUCUGAAAAUGUCCAACCUAUUCAUUUGCCGAUCUCUCCUGCAUCCAACACAUAGACUAGGAGAACUAUUAAAAUGACAUACAUCAUAGAGGGAUCCUACGGUCAUGAAAAACCUCAAAGUCAUGGAAUUGUAAAAUGUUUGUUUCAAGGCCUGGAAAAGUGCUUGAAAAAAUUAAAUCUCAAGUUUUGGAGAAGUCA